AUGUGUGCAGAGAAUGAAGAAUGCUUAGAUCUUGGAGGUGGAAAAAUAAGUUGUGUUUGUAAAGAUGGAUUUUAUGCAUUAAAAGGUGUUUGCAAAGAAGUGGAUCGAUGUGCUCCUAUUGUGAGCAAUUGCUCGCAAAUGUGCAAGCGAAGCACUGGAGAAUGUUCCUGUUCAACCGGCUUCAAACUCAAUGACGAUAAGCAGACAUGCAGUAUUAUGGAUGAAGAAAACUCCUGUGCAAAAGAUUGUGGACCUGGCGUAUGCAUCAAAGUAAACAAUAAAGAAAAAUGUAUUUGCCCACAGAACACACACUCUGCAAUCAAUGGAACCUGUUUAGACAAAUGCACCGCAAACAAGGUUCCAGCUAAUAUGUGCCCAGGAAAACAAUGCCUGCCUAACGAAGAACAUGGAUUUAUAUGCAAAUGUGAAGGCCUCUACGAACAACAUCCGGACGGUUUCCACUGUAAAA